GGAAGUUCUGGGCUGAUUUUUUAGCGUCCCGUAAAUUGCCUGGCUAUCUACCGCUUGCACCAAUCGUAACCAAUGUACUGACGCCUCUGCCCUCGACAAUCCAUCAGAAUGAUACGGUAGCCGCUCCAUAUCUUGGUCGACCUUUUCGAGAUGCUUCUCUCUUCCCUUGCCCUAGUCUUCCUUCCCAUCGUCCUCGCCGCGAGAGGGAGGGCCUGCUUGCCUUCCGGAGAUGAGAGAGCCAUCAAUGAGGCUUUUCAGCAGGGCGGCUCAGCCACACAGGUGGUACUCUGUGCUGGGUCAACCCAUCUGCUCAAUGAUACAAUCAGGUUCACUUCGUCUCGGCAGACUCUGACCACCGAAGGGAAUCCGAAGGGUAGAGACAGAGCCAUGUUGGUGGUCAAGGGAGAAGACCAAGCUGUCGCCAUCAAGGCAGACUGUGCAGACUGCUCAUUCGCAACAAUACGGUCACUUAUCAUAGACGGUAACCGACCGGAGAUGCUUCGCGUUGUUAAAGGCGGAGCCUUAAUAGAGAUAGGCAAUGCGGAGACGCAGACAGUGAGGGAUUGCAGGCUGUACGAACCUAGAGGAUGGAGUUGUCUGCACGUGCGGGAAGGUGAUAGAUUGAAUUGCAGAAAAGCUCGGAUAGUAGCGAAUGAUAUCGGACCUUGCGGAGAGGAAUGGGACGAUGAAUAUGACGGCGAGGACGAGACAAAUCCUGUAAAUGGGAAUCCGAGGGCUGAUGGGAUCAGUCUGGCAUGCCAAGACUCGUAUGUCGAACGAAAUGUGGUGACGGACGCGACGGAUGGCGCUAUCGUGAUCUUUGGUUCGUCUGGUUCUGAGAUCCGAGACAAUCAAAUCUUCACUCGUACUCGUGUUCUGCUAGGAGGUAUCAACUUGGUCGACUAUGACCCGUACAAAGGCGAUUACUUCGGGGUCAAGGUCCAUCACAAUGCCAUUCACGCCCACGGAGGAUAUCUCAAAGCUGGCAUCGUCAUUGGCCCUUCAGCUUGGUCAGACGAUACCAAUAACGUGGUUCAUUCCGCUUGGGUCACGGAUAAUACAUUCCAUGGCGGACAUUUUGGAUAUGCCAUGGUCGUAGCUUCUGCCGAGAGGUUCACUGUUCUACGAAAUGAGUUGGGAGACGAUGUAGGAUUUGGAGGAGCCAUUGGAGUCAGGUGUCCAAAAUCUCCACCAAAUGCGCCGCCAAUGCCCUUCUUACUGGACAAGGCCAGUGCAGAAGGCAACUUUCAGGAUGAAUUUGUCAAUGGUAUGGUACAACACGUCAUCUGCCUCGACCCCCCGCCAAUCGAUGGAGUCCCUUACAAACCCUGGAGACUACGCGAUUCACCCCACGCCAAGAAACGAUCUGAUCUUGAUGAUGGACAGAAAGCAAUCACGGAGACGACCUUGGAAUCAUCUUUCGAUUCAAGGCUGGCAGAAGCUGUCGUGCUGUAUCAGCAACGAGUCAUGACCCGAUUGAAUGGGUUAAACGAUAAAUUAGAACGACACAAUCGACCUGCAGAUUCGGACGUGACUGCUGGCGAACCAGCCAUCAGUGAAAGGGGCAAGACUGGGAUUCGAGCGAUCGAUGGCUUAGAGCGCAAGAUGGGAGUGUAUGAGAGUCAAGAGAAGAGCUUGCAGAACGAACUGGACGCUUUGGGGAGAGAAAUCAAUGAUUUGAGUAAGAGAUUCCGGAAAGCAACGGCCGAUCACAAACCGAUCCUGAGCGAAUUAUUUAACUCCGUCAACCUCUUGCCAAUGAGCCAGCAUCUGAGACAACGUCAACCUGCCAAGCAGGCUUUCAUUUCAUGGGAUGCUUUCAGCAAGCUGGGCCCCGUCGGUAUUAUGCUGGGUUCUGGGACACUUUUGAUCUUUGUACUGUUCUUGGUGAGACGGCUGCGACGGAGAUCUACCAGAUCAUCAAAAGACAAAACUUUUUGAGCAAUCAAGAUUACCUUAUAGACAGACAUCUUGCAAUAAACAUUCUCUUUUCACUAGU